GAAGCGCCGCUGAGCAGCCUGCCUCGCUGCCUCUAACCUCCCCAUCACCCCAGCAUCACUCGCCAACUUGUUUCUCGUUGGACCUUACAUCUUUCUUUUUCUGGAGCCUCUUGGUUUACCGACUGGAAUAAAAUGAAUAUUUUCUCUACACCGUAGAAUUGUUGCGUCAUUCUGGGACGGAGACGAUUGCAAUGGGGCUACUCUUCAGAUCUAAAUCCAACAUGGAGGACACGCGUUUCAACCCAGUCAGCCGCCUCAAAGGGAUGCCGUCUGACGAGCCACUCUAACAUCAACCUAUUAAGCCCCAGCUCCACGUCGCCACCCCAGGGCGAGGGAGUGCACCGCUCAAUCUCUUCCUCUAACAGUCUGGAUUUUAUGGAGAAGAUAUCUAGACCAUGCCAAGGGUCUCAAUGUGCUUUUUGCAACAAGGUUUUAUUUUUUUCUCCCUGCUGGAAUUGAUUUGAAGGUUUCCGCCUCCAAUAGCCAAUCACCAAUGAGGGAAAUGCAGUGAAUGCACUUUACUCUUCUACAAUAAGCCUUCAUUGGAAGUUCCCAUUUUGUCAAUAUCUAGCUCUUUAAAUCAGCCUCCUCAAAAGGAGAUCUGUCAUUCAUUGAGUCAUUCUCUAGUUGUUCACUGUCGUUGACAUUUAUCAAACACAAUGAAGCUCCACCACCACCAGUAUCCUCCUCACAGCACGUGCCUAGUGCUCUGUGCCCUGGUGUGGUCGUCCUGGUCCCUGGCAUCCGGGUUGGAGUUCCCAGGCUCCGAGGGCCAGUGGGCGCGCUACCUGCGCUGGGACGCCAGCACCCGCAGUGACCUGAGCUUCCAGUUCAAGACGCGGGCUUCCGAGGGCCUGAUCCUCUACUUCGACGACGGCGGCUACUGCGACUUCCUGCUGGUGGGCGUGGCCGAGGGCCGCCUGCAGCUGCGCUUCAGCGUCGACUGCGCCGAGACCACCAUCACCUCCGACAAGCUGGUCAACGACAGCCGCUGGCACUUCGCCACGCUCAGCCGCCACAACCUGCGCACCCUGCUGGCGCUAGACGGCGAGAGCAAGGCGGAUGAGGUCAGGCCUGAGCGCCAGUUCAUGAAGAUCGUCAGCGACCUGUACGUGGGCGGCGUGCCGCAGGACAUACGCGCCGCCGCGCUCACCGUGCCCGCCGUCAAGGAGAUGCCGCCGUUCAAGGGGAUUAUUACGGACCUGAGCUACGGGAACCAGGUGCCCACCAGGCUGGGCAGCGCCAAGGUGCGGCUGGAGAUGGAGGGGCUGUGCACGGAAAACCCGUGCGAGAACGGCGGCAGCUGCACCAUGGCGGACGGAGAACCCUAUUGCGACUGCUCCAGAACCGGGUACAUGGGGAGAUACUGCAACGAACCUGUGGCAAACAGAAGCCCAGGUUUCGCGCACAUGGUGAAGGCCCAACCAGCGCGGGACGACAACACGGCCACGUUCCGCGGCGCGGAGUACUUCUGCUACGACCUGUCGCAGAACCCCAUCCAGAGCAGCAGCGACGAGAUCACGCUCUCCUUCAAGACGUGGCAGCGUAACGGCCUGAUCCUGCACACGGGCAAGUCGGCCGACUACGUCAACCUGGCGCUGAAGGACGGCGCCGUGUCCCUGGUCAUCAACCUGGGCUCGGGCGCCUUCGAGGCCAUCGUGGAGCCCGUCAACGGGAAGUUCAACGACAACUCCUGGCACGAUAUAAAAGUCACGCGCAACCUACGACAGGUGACGAUCUCCGUGGACGGCAUUCUGACCACCACGGGCUACACCCAGGAAGACUACACCAUGCUGGGCUCGGACGACUUCUUCUACGUGGGGGGAAGCCCCAGCACGGCCGACCUGCCUGGAUCUCCCGUCAGCAACAACUUCAUGGGAUGCCUGAAAGAGGUGGUGUACAAGAACAACGACAUCCGCCUGGAGCUGUCCCGCCUGGCCCGCAUCUCCGACCCCAAGAUGAAGGUGGAGGGCAACGUGGCCUUCAAGUGCGAGCACGUGGCCAUCCUGGACCCCAUCUCCUUCGAGACGCCCGAGUCCUACCUCAGUCUGCCCAAGUGGAACACCAAGCGCGUGGGCUCCAUCUCCUUCGACUUCCGCACGUCCGAGCCCAACGGCCUGAUCCUGUACACGCAGGGCAAGCUGCAGGACCGCCGGGACGGCCGGGGACAGAGGACCAAUAACAAGGUGGACUACUUCGCCGUGGAGCUGCUGGAGGGGAGCCUGUACCUGCUGCUGGACAUGGGCUCCGGGACCAUCAAGGUCAAGGCCACUCAGGCCAAGGUCAACGACGGCAGCUGGCACCAUGUGGACAUCCAGAGAGAUGGCAGAUCUGGCAUCAUCUCGGUGGACAGCCGGCGCACGCCCUUCACGGCUAGCGGCGAGAACGAGAUCCUGGACCUGGAGGGCGACCUGUACCUGGGCGGCCUGCCAGACAACCGGGCCGACCUGGUGCUGCCCACCGAGCUCUGGACCGCCAUGCUCAGCUACGGCUACGUGGGCUGCGUGCGCGACAUGUUCAUUGACGGCCGCAGCAACGACAUCAAGCAGAUUCUGCAGGCGCAGAACAGCUCGCAGGAUGGCAUCAAGGUGUCCUGCAGCAAACCCACGGGCAAACACUGCGACUCCAACCCCUGCAAGAACAACGGCAACUGCAAAGAGGGCUGGAACCGCUUCAUCUGCGACUGCACCGGCACCGGCUACUGGGCCAGGACCUGCGAACGAGAGGCGUCCAUCUUGAGCUUCGACGGCAGCAUGUACAUGAAGGUGCAGAUGCCGCAGGUGAUGCACACGGAGGCGGAGGACGUGUCCCUGCGCUUCAUGUCCCAGCGCGCCUACGGCAUCCUCAUGGCCGCCACCUCGCGCGACUCGGCCGACACCCUGCGCCUGGAGCUGGACGGCGGGCGCGUCAAGCUCACCGUCAACCUAGAUUGUGUCAGGAUAAACUGUAACUCCAGCAAGGGGCCCGAGACCCUGUACGCCGGGCAAAAGCUGAACGACAACGAGUGGCACGCGGUGAGAGUCAUCCGACGUGGUAAAAACCUCAAACUCAUAGUGGACGACGACGUGGCUGAAGGCCAGAUGGCGGGCGACCACACGCGCCUGGAGUUCCACAGCGUGGAGACGGGCAUCGUGACGGAGCGCCGUUUCAUGCCCUCGCCCCCCUCCAGCUUCAUCGGCCACCUGCAGGGCCUCAAGUUCAACGGCGUGCUCUACAUCGACGCCUGCAAGAACGGCGACCUGGAGGCCUGCGAGCUCAACGCCCGCUUCGGCAAGAGCUCCAUCAUCGCCGACCCCAUCACCUUCAAGUCCAAGGGCAGCUACCUGGGCCUGGCCACGCUGCAGGCCUACAGCACCAUGCACCUCUUCUUCCAGUUCAAGACCACCUCCUCCGACGGCUUCAUCCUCUUCAACAGCGGCGACGGCAACGACUUCAUCGCCGUGGAGCUGGUGAAGGGGUUCAUUCACUAUGUGUUUGACCUGGGCAAUGGUCCCAGCCUACUGAAAGGGAACAGUGACAGUCCCCUCAACGACAACCAGUGGCACAGCGUCGUCAUCACCCGCGACGCCACCAACACACACACCCUCAAGGUGGACACCAAGUCCGUCAGCCAGGUGGUCAACGGAGCUAAGAACCUCGACCUCAAAGGUGACCUGUUUGUGGCCGGGCUGGGGCCCAACAUGUACCAGAACCUGCCCAAGCUGGUGGUGUCCCGCGAGGGCUUCCAGGGUUGCCUGGCCUCCAUGGACCUGAACGGACGGCUGCCGGACCUCAUCAACGACGCGCUGUUCCGCAGUGGCCAGAUCGAGCGCGGAUGCGACGGCCCCAGCACCACGUGCCAGGAGGACUCCUGUGCCAACAUGGGCGUGUGCAUCCAGCAGUGGGAGAACUACACCUGUGACUGCUCCAUGACCUCCUACAGCGGCACGCGAUGCAACGACCCGGGGGCCACGUACAUCUUUGGGAAGGGGGGCGGCCUCAUCACGUACACGUGGCCCAGCAACGAGCGCCCAAGCACCAGGACCGACCGGCUGGCCGUGGGCUUCAGCACCACCAUCAAGGACGGCAUCCUGGUCCGCAUAGACAGCGCCCCGCGCCUGGGCGACUACAUCAUGCUGCACAUCGAGGACGGCAAGGUGGGCGUGACCUUCAACAUCGGCACGGUGGACAUCAGCGUGCGGGAGAACUCCAUGAUGGUCAACGACGGCAAGUACCACCUGGUGCGCUUCACCAGGAACGGGGGCAACGCCACGCUGCAGGUGGACAACUGGCCAAUCAACGAGCACUUCCCAUCAGGCAACAGCGACAUUGAGCGCUAUCAAACGGCUAAUAAGAAAAUCCCGUUCAAAUAUACCCGGCCGGUCGAAGAUUGGCUACAUGAGAAAGGCCGCCAGCUGACCAUCUUCAACACCCAGGCCACCAUCUCCAUCGGCGGCAACGACCGCAAGCGCCCGUACCAGGGCCAGCUGUCGGGCCUCUACUACAAUGGCCUCAAGGUGCUCAACAUGGCCGCCGAGAACCACGCCAACAUCAAGGUCAAUGGCAGCGUGCGUCUGGUGGGCGACGUGCCCACGGGCCGCGGCGGCACGCGCACCACCACCUCCAUGCCUCCCGAGAUGUCCACCACCUACAUCGAGACCACCACCACCCUCUCCACCACCACCACGCGCAAGCAGCGCUCUCCGCCCACCAUACAGACGACGGAUGACAUUGUGUCGUCGGCCGAGUGCUCAAGCGAUGACGAAGACCUGGAGGAGUGUGACUCAGGACACGCAGGAGGGGAAUUAGUCAUCCCCGUGCUAGUAGAGGAUCCCUUAGACAUCCCUCCCGUCUCCACCCGUGCCCCCUACCUCCCCCUCCCCCCAACCCUGCGCCCCGUCCUCACCAUUAUCGACACCACCAAAGAGUCCCUGGCCAUGCCCACGCCGGAGGCGGGGGUGCCUUGCUUGUCGGACCGUGGCAGCGAUGAUUGUGAUGAUGAUGGUGGUGAUGAUGAUGGUGGUUAUGAUGAUGGUGAUGAUGAUGAUGAUGAUGGUGAUGGCUUGGUGGUUUCGGGGUUUGGCUCAGGGGAGGCGUUCGACUCCAGCCUUCCCCCGACAGACGACGAGGAUUUUUACACCACCUUCUCCCUGGUAACAGAUAAGAUCUUGACCACGUCGGCCUAUGAUGGCGGCUACAAGGCCCAUGCGCCCAAGUGGGAGGCCAAGGACUUUAGGCCCAGUGUGGCCCCGGAGGCCCCGGGCAGGACUACCACUACGGUGCCCCCCGCACUGCUGCCCGGCCUCCAGAGCACCGUGGCGGUGGUGCCCCCCGCCGGUGGUGCCGCCGGCGCCGUGCCGGGUUCCCCCGGCUCCGAAACGCCGCCCAAAAUCCCGGCGGGCAAAAUGAACAACCGCGAGGUGGUCAAGCCCCCGUCGCAGCCCGGCAUCGUCCUGCUCCCGCUGCCCACGGCCUACGACGCGGACGGCACCAAGCCCCGCGGCGGCGGCCCCUUAAUCACCUCGCCCAUGCUGCGCAACAACGCGCCCAACAACGGCCCCUUGCCCACGGUGCCGGGCGUGCGCGGCGGCCGGGUGCCACCCGACGCCAGGGAGGUGAUCCGCGAGUCCAGCAGCACCACGGGCAUGGUGGUGGGCAUCGUGUCGGCCGCCGCCCUCUGCAUCCUCAUCCUCCUCUACGCCAUGUACAAGUACCGCAACCGCGACGAGGGCUCGUACCAGGUGGACGAGACGCGCAACUACAUCAGCAACUCGGCGCAGACCAACGGAGCCGUGGUCAAGGACAAACAGCCCAGUGCCAAGGGUGCCAGCGGAAAGAGACCGAAAGACAAGGACAAGGAAUACUAUGUAUAAGAGAGAAAGAAACAGAAAAAAUUAUUUACGAACUAAAAUAAGUAUGUUGAGAGUGGACACAAAAAAACGGAGUGAGAAAGUGGUGGAAAAUAAGAUGGCAUCCAAAAACCUGACUACUUCUUACAGUACUUACAUUGUGGAGCUGUGAUUUUUUUGGACUCUAAAGCCUACUGAGAACUCAUGAACGUAAUGUAAUGUGAGUGUGGCUGAGCAAUGAAGUACUGUGAUUUGAAGCACACUUACUAUGGUAAGCAUACAGGGCUGGCACACCGGCACAUUCGGGACCUUUGUUACCGUACCUCGUGGUCGAUAUGGUCUGAUCACAACCGUUGGUUGGUUGGCAGUGUAAAAUAUCUCAUUGUUACAUUGUUUAUCCCUGACAGACUCUCAAAAAGCGAUCUCCUGAUUCUUGGCGUCAAAAGUUAACAACAGCAACGGACCAUAUAGAACAAAACAAAAAACAAAAAAAACAAAAAAAACAACCUUUGUCCAUUGUAACUCUGUAAAAAUACAAUGAUCAUUCGCCAUUUUGGGCAUGCAUGUGAAAUGUGUGUUGAUACAACGCUGGCGUCUUUUGCAGAGAAAGAGAGAAAGGAGAGAAAGAAAAAGUGGUUUUAGGUUUGACGUCCUUCAUCAGAAAUGCAGUGUCGGUGAGCACAAAUUUGCCAUAAGAAAAAAAAGAAGCUGAACUUGUGAAGCUGAACUGAAAAAAACAACGCAGAGUGUGAUGACGGAGCUACACACUCCUUUCUUUCUGUUGAUUUUUUCUUUUCUUUCUUUCUUUCU